CUCUUAUCAUUGCUCUGUAAUAUGAUGUUAUGAUGUUCAUUCUUUGUGUACGUAAAUACAUCAUACCAUUUCAUUGAAGUAGAACUACGAGUGAUCGAGCCGAAAUUGGAUAUUUCUUCAAAUGGAAAUUUCCAUAACUAGAUGGAGAUUGCCGCCAUUUCUAUAUGUUAUUUGCACUUGUCUGCCUUUAUUUCUCUUCUCAACUGUUUCCGUAUUUGCGGCCAAUCCAAAGCUUCACCCCUCUGAAGUGAAGGCGCUGGCGGAUAUUGGAAAGGAAUUGGGAAAGAAGGAUUGGGAUUUUGGAAAGGAUCCUUGUAGUGGAGAAGGGAACUGGAGUCUUCCCAUACUGAAGAAGGGUUUCGAGAGCUCUGUCACCUGCGAUUGCACCUUCAAUAACAAUCUCACUUGCCAUGUUGUAAGCAUAGCCUUGAAGUCCCAAAACUUUACUGGUGAACUACCACCACAAAUUUCCAGGCUUCGCCAUCUUAAGAACUUAGACCUGAGUCGCAACUACUUUCAUGGUUCUGUUCCCAUUCAAUGGGCUACCAUGCAAUUGGUCGACGUCUCCUUGAUGGGAAAUCGGUUAUCUGGUCCAUUUCCAGUUGUACUCACCAAGAUCACCACCCUCACAAAUCUGAGUAUUGAAUCAAACCUCUUCCAGGGAACUAUUCCCACAGAGAUUGGAAAGCUGGUCAAUUUACAAAAGCUUACUCUGACAUCAAAUUCAUUUACUGGAGAAUUGCCUGAGGCGCUUUCAAAGUUGACCAAACUUGUUGAUAUGAGGAUAAGUGACAAUAACUUCACUGGAAGGAUACCCAGUUUCAUUUCAAACUGGACACAUAUACAGAAAUUGCACAUUCAAGGCUGUCCAAUGGAGGGACCCAUUCCUUCCAGCAUUUCUACGUUAACAAGUUUGACUGAUCUGCGGAUCAGUGACUUAAAGGGAAAAGGUUUUACCUUUCCACCUCUAAGUAAUUUGGAUUCCUUGAAGACUCUAAUACUGAGGAACUCUUUAAUCCAAGGAGAGAUACCUAAAUUUGUUGGUGAUCUUGUGAAACUGAAAACCUUGGACCUCAGUUUCAACAAUUUGACUGGUGAAAUUCCAGUUUCUUUUAUCCAGCUAGGGAAAGUUGAUUUUAUGUAUUUGACAAGAAAUAGGCUCACAGGCCCCAUACCGUCAUGGAUGCUUUCAAGGAACUGGAACUUAGAUGCAUCUUACAACAGCUUCACUUGGGAAAGCUCAAGUCCAAAUGAGUGCACACGAGCUAGUGUGAACCUUGUAGAGAGUUACUCCUCGUCAGCAGAUAGAGUUAGAAUUCACCCCUGCCUAAAGAGAAACUUCCCCUGCUCUUCCAAGAAUAAACAUCAUUAUUCUAUGCACAUCAACUGCGGUGGCAAGGAAGUUAAUGUAAAUAGCACUAAAUACGAAGCUGAUUCUGAGCCAAGGGGCGCUUCCACAUUGUACUAUGCGGCACAGAACUGGGCAUUUAGUAGUACUGGGAACUUCAUGGAUAAUGAUGCAGAUGCAGAUUAUUAUACUGUGACAAACACUUCUACGAUGGUUAAUGUCACUGAAUCAGAACUGCAACUUUAUACAACAGCUCGCAGAUCACCCCUCUCUCUCACCUACUAUGGACUCUGUCUUGGUAAUGGAAAUUACUCUGUCAAACUCCAUUUUGCUGAGCUUCAAUUUACAAGUGAUAAAACAUUUACCAGCCUUGGUAAGAGAGUUUUUGACGUUUACAUCCAGGGGGAAUUGGUAUUAGAAGAAUUUGACAUUGUCCGCGAGGCUGGUGGAGCUGCUAAACCUAUUAUAAAGACUUUUGAUACCCUAGUGACAAGCAACACCUUGAAGAUACAUUUUUACUGGGCUGGAAGAGGAACAACAGGAAUCCCAGCAAGAGGAGUAUAUGGUCCUCUCAUAUCUGCUAUAUCUGUUGAUCCUAACUUUGAACCUCCUUCCCCGCACAAGAUUGAUCCUGUUAUGGUGGGUGGGGCUGUAUCUGUGGGAGCAUUUGUUACCAUUAUUGUCCUAGCUGUUCUUAGAAGAAAAGGCUAUCUAGGAGGCAAAACAGCAGCUUACAAAGAGCUUAGAGGCCUAGACCUGCAAACUGGAAUUUUUACAUUGAAACAGAUGAAAGUAGCAACCAAGAAUUUCGAUGCAGUUAAUAAAGUAGGGGAAGGUGGAUUUGGUUCAGUUUACAAGGGCACGUUAUCAGAUGGGACGAUAAUUGCAGUGAAGCAACUAUCCUCAAAAUCCAGGCAAGGAAACCAAGAAUUCGUGAAUGAAAUCGGCAUGAUUUCUGCUUUACAACAUCCGAACCUUGUAAAGCUGUAUGGAUGUUGUAACGAAGGGAACCAAUUACUGUUGGUUUACGAAUACAUGGAAAACAAUUGCCUCUCUCGCGCCCUCUUUGGCAAGGAUCAAACUUGCAAGUCAAAAUUAGACUGGCCUAUCAGGCAGAAAAUCUGUCUAGGCAUAGCAAGGGGAUUGCAUUACCUACAUGCAGAAUCCAGACUGAAGAUAGUGCACAGAGACAUUAAAACCAGCAAUGUGUUGCUUGACAAGAAUUUCGAUGCAAAAAUAUCUGAUUUUGGCUUGGCUAAGCUUUAUGAAGAUGGUCAUACUCACAUCAGUACUCGGGUUGCAGGAACUAUAGGUUACAUGGCUCCUGAGUAUGCAAUGAGAGGAUAUUUAACAGAAAAGGCAGACGUUUACAGCUUUGGCGUAGUUGCUUUGGAGAUUGUGAGUGGAAAAAGCAAUGCAAACUUUAGACCAAGCGAAGAAUUCGUGUAUUUACUUGACUGGGCAUACGUUCUGCAAGAAAGAGAUUGUCUACUUGAGCUGGUUGAUCCAGAAUUGGGAUCGGAUUAUUCGUCGGAGGAGGCAAUGGUGAUGCUGAACGUAGCUCUUUUAUGCACGAACGCCUCUCCUACUUUGAGGCCUACGAUGCAUCAGGCUGUGAGCAUGCUAGAGGGCCACACUGCAGUUCAGGAUUUGCUAUCUGACCCUGGAUAUGCAGCGGCUCAUUCUAAGUAUAAGGCUAUAAGAAACCACUUCUGGCAGCACCCCAGCCAUUCCCAGAGCAUGUCGACUACUGGUCCUUAUAAUACCGAUUCAUCGCGCUCCAAUAUUGAUGAUGCUGAUGUUGAAGAAGAGAAUGGACAACUUCUAAGAGUUGAUUCUGUUGAAUGAAAUAAGUUAGUUUUUGUCCAAUUCCACUAAGUUAAGUUGGAGAACAAUUAACUGUACAUAUGUUGUUAUUGCAUAUCAAUAAUGUUAAUACAUUUCUUGUAUUCUCAAUCACAAGUCUAAUAAUAUAAAAGUGUUUUCUAAAAUAU